AGAGGCUGCAGAGACACUCUGCUCCGGGGGCGGGAGGCAGCUUUUCAACUCGCAAACAUCUUUUGCUUUAACAGCGAUUGUCAGGCUCGGGUGAUUCAUGUUAUUGAAUGGGGGCUGGGGAAUUGCAGGAUCCAAACCCGCCGCCUGUGUUACGCUGCCUCAGCCGGUUUUGUGUUUUAAAGAUAAGCUCCUGUUUUUCCUAAGCUGUCUGCCCAGUAGUUGCUGCAGUGUCCGGGUCCGCUCGGCCGCGGUUGCAAUGAGCAGGGAGGACGGUGCGGGAAAGCAGCGCCCUGCCCGGGGGCACAGCCACUUUCUCCCAGCCAAGUUCGUGCUGACGGCCUGCUCCGCUGCGGUGGCAGAACUAGUGACAUUUCCAAUGGAUCUGACUAAAACAAGACUUCAGAUUCAAGGAGAAGCAGUUCGCCGUCAUCCUAGAGGUGAUAAAACAGCAAAGCCUUAUAGGGGAAUGAUCCGGACAGCUGUUGGAAUAGUGAAAGAAGAGGGCCUGUUUAAACUGUGGAAGGGUGUUACUCCUGCCAUCUACAGACAUAUAGUGUAUUCUGGAGUACGGAUGGUGUCCUAUGAACAACUCCGUGAUUCUGUACUUUGCAAGGAUGAAGAUGGCUUUUUCCCACUGUGGAAAGCUGUUUUAGGAGGAAUGCUGUCUGGUGCUAUUGGUCAGUUUUUUGCCAGCCCAGCAGAUCUGGUGAAAAUCCAGAUGCAAAUGGAAGGGAAGAGAAGGCUUGAAGGAAAAGCACCCAGAGUCCAUGGAGUCUCCCAUGCUUUUGGGAAAAUCCUGUCGGAAGGUGGAAUCCGAGGUCUUUGGGCUGGAUGGGUACCAAAUGUACAGAGAGCUGCGUUAGUGAGUCUGGGAGAUCUAACUACCUAUGAUACAGUGAAACACUUCUUACUGCGGAACACAGCUCUGAAGGACAACAGUUUAUGCCAUGGCUUAUCAAGCAUUUGUUCAGGUCUAGUUGCUGCUACCAUGGGAACCCCUGCUGAUGUCAUUAAAACCAGGAUCAUGAAUCAGACAAGAGAUAAGCAAGGAAGGGGUUUACUAUAUACAUCCACAAUUGAUUGCCUGGUGAAGACAAUAAAGAGAGAAGGGUUGAUGUCAUUGUAUAAAGGAUUUCUGCCAACCUGGGCUAGAAUGGCACCUUGGUCAUUGACAUUCUGGCUCACGUUUGAACAAACCAGAAAAAUCACAGACCUCAAUUCAUUUUGACAUCUCUUCAGAGCUGAUUCCGAUUUAACUUCAGUGAAGUUUCUUUUGAGAACUGUAUCAUCUAGCACCAUGCAGCUUGGGGUAGACAGGAAAUGAAAAACGUUCCACUGAAACUAUUUCUCUGUGGUCACUCUGGCUAUCAGCACAGAUGUUUAACCUGUUAACUCCACUUAAGUUCAAUGUACUUUCGCUUCAGAAAAUUUCAGUUGUA